AUGGAAGUAAAACAAGAAAUAGGUGUAAAGGAGGAAACGUGUAAAAUAGAAGUAGAGUAUAAUGAAUUGGAUGACUUUAAAUGUGAAAUUCAAGAGGAAUCCAAUAUUCAAAGUAUACAUGACACAUACAAAUGUUUAAACUUAAACAAACGGUCCAUAAAUACUGCAAUAGAACAACAUGGAAAUAAAAUUAACACAUUUGAAGAAAACCAAAAAAUUGAAAAAGGUUAG